AUGAGUUUCAUGAACAAAAUAGUACUAAUAACGGGCGCUGCAUCUGGUAAUGGAGAAACUAUUGCGCUCCAUUUCGCGAAAGCGUCAGCGAGAUUAUCGUUAUUCGACAUUGAUUUCGAUAAACUCAAUAAAGUGGCCGAGAAGUGCGAAAAUUUGAGCAAAACUAAAGUUUUCAAAGUGUACGUUGAUGUUUCGAAAGACGUAGAUUUAAAAGAAGCAGUUAACUCGACAAUAAGGGAAUAUGGAAAAAUUGAUAUUCUCGUUAACUGUGCUAAAAUUAAAAAAUCGAAUGGAAUAGAAAAUUUCGAUAUAUUAGAUGAUUAUGAUAGAAUUGUUAACGUAAAUCUUAGAUCUGUAGUAGCUAUAAUACGUUUCGCGGCAGAGGCUUUAAAGGAAAGUAGAGGAUGUGUUAUUAAUGUGUCAAGUGUUCUAGGUCAGAGGAUAAAUUCUCAUGGCUUAGCAUACAAUAUAUCGGAAGCCGCUGUGGUACAUUUAACGAAAUGUGUUGCUUUGGAAUUAGCUGACAAAGGAGUAAGAGUCAAUUGUAUUUCGCCUGGUAUAGUCAAGAGAGAUAUUGCAUUAAAUGAUGGAACUAGAGAAGAUGAUAAAACAAUAGUAAGCUAUAUAAAAUCGUUGCCAUUGAAGCACACAGUAAAAGCUGAAGAAAUUGCGGAGUUAGUUGCAUACGUAGCAAGUGAUAAGGCUAAUAGUAUUACCGGUGCAAAUUUUUUAGUCGAUUCCGGUUUCACAUUAACAAGUUUGUAG